AUGAAAUUACAGUGCUGUUUGCGUUCAUUUGAGCCCACCUUCCGUAACAAAUACGGUACUUUGGUCGCAUCCUCAAGCGUGAUCUCGUCAACCAGAAAGACGUCUUCAUACCGCCUGUACCAGAUUGCGAAAGUGAUACCGUUCCCUGCAUCAUAUUGGAAGUAUGCAUUCCGUUUGCCAACAGUCCAGCUGAAGUCAACUGGGUUUCCACUGUGGUGGGUAUUAGAUUUGGGGAUGACAGAUUCUAAUAGUGUGAUUGGGACAACAAUGUCUGUUUUUGUUGUUAUUGAA